AUGGGUAUUCCAUCAUCAUCAUCAUCAUCAUCAUCAUCAUCAUCAUCAUCAUCAUCAUCAUCAUCAUCAUCAUCAUCAUCAUCAUCAUCAUCAUCAUCAUCAUCAUCAUCAUCAUCAUCAUCAUCAUCAUCAUCAUCAUCAUCAUCAUCAUCAUCAUCAUCAUCAUCAUCAUCAUCAUCAUCAUCAUCAUCAUCAUCAUCAUCAUCAUCAUCAUCAUCAUCAUCAUCAUCAUCAUCAUCAUCAUCAUCAUCAUCAUCAUCAUCAUCAUCAUCAUCAUCAUCAUCAUCAUCAUCAUCAUCAUCAUCAUCAUCAUCAUCAUCAUCAUCAUCAUCAUCAUCAUCAUCAUCAUCAUCAUCAUCAUCAUCAUCAUCAUCAUCAUCAUCAUCAUCAUCAUCAUCAUCAUCAUCAUCAUCAUCAUCAUCAUCAUCAUCAUCAUCAUCAUCAUCAUCAUCAUCAUCAUCAUCAUCAUCAUCAUCAUCAUCAUCAUCAUCAUCAUCAUCAUCAUCAUCAUCAUCAUCAUCAUCAUCAUCAUCAUCAUCAUCAUCAUCAUCAUCAUCAUCAUCAUCAUCAUCAUCAUCAUCAUCAUCAUCAUCAUCAUCAUCAAUAUGUAAAAUGUUCAAGAUAGCAUGA